GGCAUUUUCGGUGGAAGAUAAUGACACACAGUGACAGUGGGUUUGGUUGCUUCAGCACUCAACACUCGACCCUCUCUGCCGCCGUGAGCUUUCAUUUUUCCAGAUAAGGCCGCGCCAUUUUCAUCGUCUCUUCUAUUUCAAUUUCCUCCACACACACAAAUGGCGCAGACCUGCGUUUCCACAUCGGCCUCCUCCUCUCUCAGAUUCAACUCCCUCGGCUUCGCUCUAAACCCUAGCUCUUGUUCCCAGCCACACAGCCUCACCGUCUCUCUCCCCUCUCAACGCUUUCCUUCAAGGAAGUUGAAGAAGUUAGUUGGGAAUAGGAAAGGUCUCCAGAGUUCUCCGGUGAAGGCUGUCUAUGAUGAAUUUUGGGCACCGGGUUCUCGUGAAGGAAUUUGGUCCAUAAGGGAGGAUUUGCAAGUUCCAUCUUCGCCAUACUUUCCUGCUUAUGCACAGGGACAGGGUCCACCGCCUAUGGUGCAAGAACGCUUUCAGAGUGUUAUUAGUCAGCUUUUCCAGCAUAGAAUCAUUCGUUGUGGGGGAGCUGUGGAUGAUGAUAUGGCAAAUAUAAUUGUCGCUCAGCUUCUUUACCUUGAUGCUGUUGAUCCUAAAAAGGAUAUUGUCAUGUAUGUGAAUUCACCUGGAGGAUCCGUUACUGCUGGUAUGGCCAUUUUCGACACUAUGAGGCAUAUCCGACCUGAUGUCUCUACUGUGUGUGUUGGACUAGCUGCUAGUAUGGGGGCUUUCCUGCUUAGCGCUGGCACCAAAGGAAAACGGUACAGUUUGCCAAAUUCAAGGAUAAUGAUCCAUCAGCCUCUUGGUGGAGCUCAAGGAGGGCAAACUGACAUAGAUAUUCAGGCAAAUGAAAUGCUGCAUCACAAGGCAAACUUAAAUGGUUAUCUCUCCUACCACACUGGUCAAAGUCUUGAAAAGAUCAACCAAGACACGGAUCGUGAUUUCUUCAUGAGUGCAAAGGAGGCUAAGGAGUAUGGGCUUAUAGAUGGUGUGAUAUUGAAUCCUCUCAAAGCUCUCCAACCGUUGCCAGUUGUGGUAGAGAGUACUGAUGAAUCCAGUGAGAAAACUGUUGCCUAGGUUAAAGGGGAAUAUGGUGUCCGAAAAUCUCCAGGUGCGGCAAGUUAUAACAUGGCUGUCUGUGUUGUAGAUUUAGAUGAGAAGGUGAGUUCAUUUAUAUUGCUGAAUGAUGUUGAUAUCCACCCAUCAGAGAAGAGAAAUGCUAGUUUUGCUGUUGUCCCUCUGAACUAAUGAUUGAAUCAUUAAGAAACACAUAAAAUUCUCUUUAGAUUUCUCCUGUUCUUUUAAGUAUCCUCUUCGGCUACGACGAUAAUAAUGAAGGUUGAUAAGUGAUUGA